CAGAGCUGAGGGCGUCCGCUUCGUGUCCGCAGGUACUGGGCGGUGACCAACAUCGACUACAUCCACCAGCGCACGGCGCGCCGCAUCGGCCUCAUGAUCCUGGUCGUGUGGCUGGUGGCCUUCAUGGUCUGCAUCGCGCCCAUGCUGGGCUGGAAGGACCCCGGCUGGGACGAGCGCGUCACGCUGGACCAGGAGUGCAUGGUCUCGCAGGACAUCGCGUACCAGAUCUUCGCGACGGCCUCGUCCUUCUACCUGCCGCUGCUCGUCAUCCUGGGCCUGUACUGGCGCAUCUACCAGGCGGCCCGGCGCCGCAUCCGCCGCCGCGUCCAGACCUCGGCGCCGGGCGUCGGCGGGAGGAGCGUGCCCGGCGGGGCCGCGGCGAAGAACCCGGCGCAGGGCGGCGUCGUGGCGGGGGCGGCGGGCGGCAGCGGCGGGCUCGCUGCGGCGGUGGUGGGCAUGAUCGGCAGGCCGCUGCCCACCAUCUCGGAGGCCACCACGACCACCACGACCACCGCCUUCACCAACGUGUCCUCCAAUAACACGUCACCGGAGAAGACGUCCUUCGCCAACGGCCUGGAGGCCGACCCACCCACGGCGGACCAGCUGUCCUGUAGCCCGUACUCGGCGUCGCAGCACCACCACUACCCGAAGCGGAAGAAGGAGGCCAUGGACUCGAAGCGGGAGCGGAAGGCGGCCAAGACGCUGGCCAUCAUCACGGGCGCCUUCGUCAUGUGCUGGCUGCCCUUCUUCAUCAUGGCCAUCCUGCAGCCCGUGUGCGACACGUGCUACUUCAACAAGGUCCUCGUGUCCCUCUUCCUCUGGCUGGGCUACUUCAACUCGACCCUCAACCCCAUCAUCUACACCAUCUUCAGCCCCGAGUUCCGGCACGCGUUCAAGCGCCUGCUGUGCGGGCGCCGCGCCACGCUCCGCCGGCGCAACAACCGCCACCUCGCGGUGGGCGGGCGCGGCCGCCAGCUCUAGCAGUGGCCGGCCGGCCCGCACAGCGUGAGCGCCCCCAGCGAGGCGCCGAGCUCCACGCUGGGGCCCUAGAGGGCUCGCCCAGCAGGGCUCGCCGGGGAGCGCCCGCAGGUGACCGCAUAGGCAACCACCACUGGCGGCCCUGCGGCCCUGCGCUGCGGGUCGGCCUACGCCGCAGGCGGCUUCCGCCUCUCAGCAGCUUAGCGCACCAGAGCGAGAGGUGCUGCUGGCUGCAGAAUGACCUCAGUGUGCAGUGGGCGAGUGAGUGCCUUCACUUCAGCAGAUAGACCAGAGAUUCGGAACAGAAAAUGAGGUCGUAUACACAUUUUGUGGGCGCCAGAGCUCCAAAUUAUCGGUUUUAAACUCCGACAGACGACUUUUUUUCAUAGGAGUGAAAGACGAAUUAUGUGAUGUGAGCGUGGUGUAACAGAGUGGGCGAAGCAAGAACAGUGUGUUUAACACGAAUUUCAGGUGAUAAUUAUUCAGAUAAGAAUAAGUGACUUUGUGUCUUUUCGAAAUGUUUUCCUUACAUUGAACCAAACUGUGUACAUACUAAAAGAGAGAGUAAA